CAGCUAAUAGCGGGAAUCUCUUGGGAAGUCGAUUCUGUCCGGUUGCUUCCCUCUCUUCUCUUUUAAAUACUUAAGUCUUUUGGCUAUCUUCUUCUUCACUGCAAAACAAAAUACAUCAUGUCUUCUCAUUCCACCUUUGCUCUCUCUCCUGUUGUGGUUCCCGGCACCCCACGAUCUUCUUCUUCUUUCUCCAACAAUUAUCAUAAUAAUCACCAUCAGCGAUUUCUCUUUUUCUCUAGUGUUUGGCCGUUUGGGGCCAAAGACAAACGAGUUAUCUUUGAUAUUAUUCCAAGAUGCAGUAGUAGCAGUGCUCUAUCAAGACCUCGAAUCCAAGAUUAUGCGGACGUGUUUCAGACUAGUCUUCAAGUGAUAAAGUGGCCAGAGAUUGUGGAAGAUGACAUAGAAGAGGAAGAUCUUGAGGUUUCUUUACCAAAUGAGAUCAAGGAAUGCGUCCAUACCAUUAGAUCGAUGUUGGACUCCAUGGAUGAUGGAGAAAUAACCAUUUCGGCUUAUGACACAGCAUGGGUUGCUCUUGUUGAAGAUGUCAAUGGCAGUAGAGCUCCUCAAUUCCCAUGUAGCCUUCAAUGGAUCGCCAAAAAUCAACUUCCCGAUGGCUCGUGGGGCGACGAUAAAAUAUUUUCAGCACAUGAUCGGUUGAUCAACACAUUAGCCUGUGUUGUAGCACUAAAAUCAUGGAAUAUCCAUGAGGAUAAGUGUGAGAAAGGAAUGAGAUUUUUUAAUGAAAACAUAUCGAAGAUUGAAAAUGAGAAUGAUGAGCACAUGCCAAUCGGAUUUGAAGUUGCUUUCCCUUCUCUUCUAGAGAUAGCCCGCAGUUUAGAGAUUGAAGUGCCAGGUAAUUCAGCAGUGCUGCAAAAGAUCUAUACAAAGAGAAAUUUAAAGCUCACAAGGAUACCAAGAGACAUAAUGCACAAUAUGCCCACAACAUUACUCCACAGUUUGGAAGGAAUGCCAGACCUCGAUUGGAAUAAGCUUCUGAAAUUACAGUGCCAAGAUGGCUCCUUCUUGUUCUCUCCAUCCUCCACUGCCUAUGCGCUCAUGCAAACUAAGGAUGAUAAAUGCUUGAAAUAUUUAAAAAGAACUGUCCAAAGAUUCAAUGGUGGAGUCCCGAAUGUGUAUCCGGUUGACAUGUUCCAACGUCUAUGGGCGGUGGAUCGCUUGCAGCGCCUCGGAAUUUCAAGAUUUUUCCAGCCGGAGAUUACUCAAUCUAUGGAGUAUGUUUACAGAUAUUGGACUGAAGAAGGUAUUUGCUGGGCAAGAAAUACUCGGGUUCAUGACAUUGAUGACACAGCCAUGGGAUUUAGGCUAUUAAGAUUACAUGGUUUUGACGUUUCUGCAGACGUGUUUCAGCAUUUUGAGAAAGGCGGCGAGUUCUUCUGCUUCGCCGGGCAAUCGAAUCAGGCGGUAACCGGAAUAUACAACCUGUAUAGAGCUUCUCAAACUCUGUUCCCCGGAGAGAAAAUCCUGGACAAUGCCAAGCAGUUUUCAGCAAAGUUUUUAAGAGAAAAACAAGCUGCCAACGGGCUUCUGGAUAAAUGGAUCAUAACGAAAGACUUACCCGGCGAGGUGGGUUUCGCUUUGGAGCUUCCAUGGUACGCAAGUUUGCCUAGAAUCGAAACGAGACUAUACAUAGAACAAUAUGGCGGCGAAGACGACAUUUGGAUUGGCAAAACCCUUUACAGGAUGCCCUGCGUAAACAAUGAGAUUUAUCUUGAACUUGCGAAAUUAGACUACAACAAUUGCCAAGCUAUACAUCUGAGCGAAUGGGACUCCAUGAAAAAGUGGUACUCUGAGUGUAAACUUGAGAGAUUUGGAAUCAGCGUCGGACGCCUUCUGUUAGCAUAUUUUGUGGCAUCAGCUAGUAUAUUUGAACCAGAAAGGUGGCAAAAGAGAAUGGCUUGGGCGAAGACCGCCAUUCUGGUGGAGACAAUCACAUCUUAUUUCGACAACCGGAAUGAUUCCGGUAAGCUGAGAAGAGCCUUUGUGAAUCAGUUCAGACACUAUAUCAAUGCACAAGACUACAUCAAUAUUAAUGGAAGAAGGUUGGAAUCAGACAAAAUAAGACAGGGAUUUAUUAGGGCAUUGCUUGGAACGCUGAACCAAAUUUCACUAGACGCAUUGGUAACACAAGGACGAGACAAUAGCCACCAUUUACGACUAGCUUGGGACAAAUGGCUGAUGAAGUGGGAAGCAGAAGGAAAUAGGCACCAAGGAGAAGCAGAGUUAAUUAUACAAACAAUUAAUUUAACUUCUGGCCGUUGGAUCUCGGAGGAGCUCUUGUCUCAUCCUCAAUACUUGAGACUCUCCCACCUCACCAACACAAUUUGCCAUAAACUUGCUCAUUUCCAAAACCAAAAGGUAAAUGACAAUGCUGACAGUGUUGGCAUCGCAAGCCUCCAAAUAGAGUCCGAUAUGCAAGAACUUGUGCAGAUAGUGCUCCAACAGUCUUCAGAUGACAUCGACUCGGAUAUUAAGCAGACAUUUCUCACAGUUGCUAAGAGUUUUUACUACACUGCAUAUUGUGAUCAUGAAACUAUCAAUUAUCACAUUGACACCCUACUCUUUCAAAGAGUGGAGUGAUCAAUGUAUAUGUAUAAUUCAAUGCCAUCUCUGCAUGUGCAUAUUUUGCUUAAUUACAUUGCGGAAAAAAUAAAAGGGUAAAUAAAACAAAAG